GAUGCUUCCUCGUAAUAGGCGAUUGUCCUAGCCCAGCGCGCGCCGAGAUAUACACAUUCACGACACCGCACACAUUCUUUCCAACCCGCCCGCUGCCGCGUCUCGCGCCUCCGAGAUUGUACCUGCUGCGGCCGUCGCGCGCGCUGGCCUCGGCUCUGAUAGUCUUCGGUACACGCGGGGGGGACGCAUGGUGACGACGAGCCUGGCCAAGGCAGCGCAUCGCGACGACAGCGCCGAUUACAACGACGACGACGACGACGACAUACACACGUGCAGGCCAUCAUGUCAAAACCCAGCCAGCUCUACCUCCUCGCUGAUCACAUCAAACUCUCGUUGCUGGAACGUCAGCGGGCCAAGAGCCUCCAUCUCGACAGUGACACCCAAGAUGGUCACCUGUCGCGGUCGCUAGAGCAAUUUCGCGCCGGGCUCACAUCCCUCCAGCAACAGAAGUUGCGUUUAGAACAGACCGGUGACGAGAGUGCCGCGAAAUCCAUCACCGACUGCCUGCCCGAGCUUCAGAAACAAUUCGACGACCUCACGGCGCAGUUCCAUGGCUUCUCGUCGCCAUCUACGGAGGCGACGCUGACCCGGGCCAACGCAGAGGAGCUGGCCGAUGACUUCGCCCACGCUGUGUCGACAUCAGCCUCGGGGCCGGGCACCAGGAAGUCCAAAUCGGUCCGCUUCAGUGAUACACCAUCGUCCCCUCCAAACGAACUAUUCGGUGCGUACCGGGAUGAUCCGACAGUGGCUGACACAGCUGGCUACCGCGACCAAGCCGAGGAUAUGUCCAACCAACAGCUGCACCAGUACCAUUCACAGAUCUUAGAGCAACAAGAUGAGCAGCUCGACCGACUAGGCGAGUCCAUCGGCCGUCAACGCGAGCUGAGCAUGCAGAUUGGCGAUGAACUAGACAGCCACGUUGCCAUGCUGGACGAGGUUGAGGCAGCGACGGACCGCCAUCAGGGCCGGCUCGAUCGGGCCAAGAGGACGCUGGGCAAGGUGGCCAAAGGCGCCGGCGAGAAUAAGCAGAUGACGGCCAUCAUCGUUCUCAUCAUUAUCCUUGUCCUCUUAAUUGCGAUUUUGAAGUAAUGCGACUGCUUGGCAUUUCUCCGUUCAUACGUGUUCGGCAGAAGCGGAUACUCACCUGACUGCUCUAAUACUUCCAGAUUCUCAGCAGCUCCAGGCAGCCUUAGUAAACCUAUGGCUACAACGGGGCGUUCAAUUCUAGUCUACUAGGAGCAACUGUCUCUUCACUAUAGAAAAGAAUGCGAUUAGGCGGCGCAAAUGUACUUGUCAUGACUUCAUUUGCAAUCAUACCAGGCCGUCUCAACCUGUGCUGCGAAGCUGGUAGAAGAGCAUCGCCCUCAUGCCGCAUUACACGGUUUAUAGUCAACGAAUCACAUCCCCAUCCUUGGUCAUACCAUCCAGAUCUUCGAGAAUGUCGCUGCCACCCAAGAC